CAAUGGCUCACUCCCGAUUUCACACGUACAGCCAAUCUCCCUAAUCGGCUUCCCUCUUUCCAUUUUCCUCUGAAUUCAUCCCCAAUUAGCGCCAUUUUUACAGUAACGAAAGAAGAAGGAAAGAACCCUCAAAAACCCCAUUUCGCCUCACCUUCUGAGCUUUUCCCCAGAUCCAUAUUCAUCUUUAACUCGAAUCAUCAUUUCCUUCCUUCAAAUCCAAAAAUCCAUCAAUUCAGAACCCAUUACCAUGAUUCUGAGAAAACCCACUUCCAGAUUCAUCCUUCUCGCCUUCACCCUUCUCCUAUUGUUCGGAUUCUUCGCCAUUGUUUACUCAUCUGAGAGCAACCCAGUUGAAAAUGGCGAUGAAGAUCUCGAGGGUCUUGAGGAAUUGUUGGCAUUGGAUGAAGAAGAGGAAAAUCAGCAGCAGGAUGGGGCUAAUUUGAGAACCUCAGAGGCUAAGGUAUUGAGUAAAGCACAGAGGAUAGUUCUUGAGCUUAGCAAUGAUAAGAGUGAGAGAGUAAUUGAACAAAAUGAGUACGUUUUGCUUCUGGGUUAUGCCCCUUGGUGUGCUAGGAGUGCUGAGUUAAUGCCCCAUUUCGCUGAGGCAGCUAAUUCACUUAGGGAAUUGGGAAGCCCCAUUUUAAUGGCGAAGCUUGAUGCCGAUCGCUAUCCAAAAGCGGCUUCUGCCCUCCAAAUUAAGGGGUUCCCUACACUUAUUCUGUUUGUUAAUGGGACUUCUCAAGCUUACACUGGUGGAUUCACUGCGGAAGAGAUUGUGAUCUGGGUCCAGAAAAAGACUGGUGUGCCUGUUAUAAAUAUAAGCUCUUUGAACGAAGCUAAAGAAUUUCUUAAGAAGCACCACAUGUUCGUUGUUGGUCGGUUUGAGAAAUUUGAGGGGCCUGCAUAUGAAGAAUUUUUAAAAGCAGCCUCAGAUGACAAUGAAUUCCAGUUUGUUGGGGUGAGCGACAUUGAAGCUGCAAAGGUCCUCUUCCCAGAUAUUAAGCCCUCAAGCAAUUUCCUUGGAUUGGUUAAAGAUGAGGAGGAAAGAUAUAGCGCGUACGAAGGAGGUUUUGAAAGGGAAAAGAUAUUGCAUUUUUUGGAGCAUAACAAGUUUCCAUUAGUCACUAAACUGACGGAAAUGAAUUCUAUCCGAGUUUACUCCAGCCCUGUUAAACGCCAGGUUCUCAUCUUUGCUGAUGACGAAGAAUUCAAGGAUCUUCUCGAGCCGCUUCAGAAUGUUGCGAAAAAGUUAAAGUCAAAGGUGAUGUUUAUAUCCAUAGACAUUGCAAAUGAAAAUCUCGCAAAGCCCUUCUUGUCAUUAUUCGGUCUCGAAGAAUCAAACGGAAUUGUGGUUGCUGCUUUUGAUAACGGAAUGAGCUCAAAGUUUUUGUUAGAGUCAGAUCCGACCCCGAGCAACAUAGAGGAGUUUGGCAGAGGCCUUCAUGAUGGUACUCUGUCUCCUUACUUCAGAUCACAGCCAAUCCCAAAUAAUGAGGGAGCAAGCAUUCAAGUAGUUGUUGGAAGGACAUUUGAUGAACUGGUUUUGAAGAAUCCCAAAAAUGUAUUCUUGGAGGUGCAUACCCCAUGGUGCAUUACCUGCGAGGCAACAAGCAAGAAUGUGGAGAAGUUGGCUAAGCAUUUCAAAGAUUUUGAUAACAUUGUUUUUGCCAGAAUUGAUGCUUCUGCAAACGAACAUCCAAAGCUACAAGUAGAUGAUUAUCCAACCCUCCUGUUUUACCCCGCAUCUGAUAAAUCAAACCCGAUAAAGGUUUCGAGCAAAGGGAGCUUGAAGGAUUUGGCCAAGAACAUCUCCAAACUGCUCAAGUCUGAAGAGCAGGGCAGUGGGAAAGAUGAACUAUAAUAGGACAACAACAAAGCUUUUAGAUUUGACACAGAGGCAUACACCACGCUUCUUGGAUUGGACUCUUUAUAUUAUAUUUACAUCUUUUUAAUUUAUGCUCUCUUCACCAUUCAUCUAAUACAGCACAUCUUACUUUACCAUUAA